AUGGACUUUUAUUGGAACUCUGUUUCAUUAGUGAUGGAUUAUUCUAAAGAAGUGGCAUUUGGUCAUUACAAGGUGCUGCUCUUGCUAUAUUCUAUUAUUCUAUUACUUCAUCAUCUCUGCCAGCGCAACCUUACUUGCUGCUUUCUGCUUUGGCUCCCUUCGUCUCUGAUUGAAGGGUACUGGAAAUAUAACAAGUUUUAUGAAGAAGGAGUUUACAACUGUGCUGGGUGUGCAACUCCUCUUUACAAGUCUUCCACUAAAUUUGACUCCGGUUAUGGUUGGCCUGCUUUCUUUGAGGGUUUACUUGGUGCCAUCAAUCGCUCACCAGACCCAUAUGGGAGGAGGACUGAGAUAACUUGUGCAACAUGUGGUGGCCAUUUGGGUCAUGUUUUCAAAGGAGAGGGGUUCAAGACACCCACUGAUGAACGCCAUUGUGUUAAUAGUGUUUCCGUUAAGUUUAUUCCAGCUAAUUCUGCUGCUUAA